GAUUGGGACAGUGAUUGCCCUCCACGGUGGCAAGGAUGCAAAUGCACCUGCCAGGUAGCAGGGGCCUCACUGUUAGUUUCAUUAGCCUUUGGAUUGUGGGACAGAAGGCAAGCAUACGCUUGGGGUUUGGUUCUUGCAUUUUCUGGAUCUAAUUUAUCUGUCUUUCUUAGUCUCCCUAUCUUUCUACUCCCAGGAGGCCUCUGCCUCAUUCUCCACCCAAGUCGACCUAUCAUCCUCCUUCAGGACCUAGUUGUAGGGCGUUUCCUUUUCAAACUGACACUUGCGUCCUCGCCUGCACCCAGCUCAACACAAAGUAGCUACGUACCCUGAAGUGUGUAGGUGAGACAAACUGAGCUGCUGGAUCGGAAGGCCGAUGGCUCUUCUUCAAGCCAAUAAGGAUCUCAUUUCUAUGGGAAUGAAGGAAUUCAGUGUUCUGCUGAACCAGCAGGUUUUUAACUAUCCUCUUAUCACAGAAGAAGACAUGGUGAUUGUAGUGGAUGACUGGGUGAACAUCUACAUCAACUAUUACAGGAAGCGACUGACAGGGGAGAAGCAAGAGCAAGACAGAGCUCUGCAGAAACUUCGGCAAGAGCUGAAGACUCUGGCCAAUCCCUUCCUAGCCAAAUACAAGGCCUUCCUGAAGUCCUGCGAGGGUGAGAGUCACACAGAGCCUUCCUCCUAGCCCAGAGGCCUGAGUCUUCCUGUCUAGGAGCCCUUAAAUCCCACGCUGUGCUCUUCCUGGCCUCGGGUGAUGGUCUUUCAUGGUAUUACUCUUCCUUGACAUCCCAAUA